AUGAAUGCCACCGACGUCUCGUACCACGGUCCAGGGCGGAUUUCCUUCACGCCGCUCUUGGCCGCGAAUGCUAUCCUCACAACCAUUUUCACCGUCUUAUUGCUCGUCCACAUGCUUCUUGCCAUUCGCUUCUGGCGGUUCUACGGAUAUGCUUUUGGCAUGCUCGGUGGUCUUUUGUUAGAACUACUCGGAUACGUGGCUAAAGUCCAGCUCGCCCGCGACCGAAGUAAUAAGAAUGCAUACAUCAUGUAUAUCAUCGGUCUGACUCUCGGGCCUACCUUCCUCUCCUCAUCGCUCUAUCUCGGGAUCAGCCAACUCCAACGACACUUCCAAUCACCUUGUUUUUCCAAGGUCGGGCCACGGCUUUUCACGACCAUUUUCAUUCUGGGUGAUUUUGCCUGUCUGUGCUUCAUUGGGGUUGGAGGGUCCCUGGCUGCAAUCUACGCCGAAAAGCCUAUAGGAAUAAAUCUGAUGAUGGCAGGGCUGGGAACCCAGGUGUUGGUGACGGCAGUAUUCUGUGUCGUGCUGUCAAUGCUCGCACGCAAACUGUGGGAGGAGAUUCUGCGCGGCGGGAAGAAAUGGUAUAUUAUUGGUGAGUGGACCUGGAAGGAUACAGUAGUGGUUCUGGAGAUCUAA